AUGUACUGGAACAAAGAAUUGCUGUGGACAGCACCAAAGGAAUCCUGUUCAACUUCAGACAGUUUAAGUAGAUUGAACCUGCACUUCAAGCUGCAGCUGAUCCCAGUCUUGGAAAUGUGCGUGUGCUGGAGCUUCCUGGUAUUUGCACAGUCAGGAAACCAUCGAGGCAACAGUCCCGCCUCCAGGCUCCCCUCCACGCCCCACCUGUUGGCUCUUGCAAUUGCUGGAAAGUCCCUUAUUCCCCAUGAAAGGCUCAGCGAGCUCUGCUCCAGUGUCCAGGUGACUCCUGGCAGCAAAGCUGCAUUAGCCAAUUUAUGCAUAGGAGAUGUCAUCGUGGCCAUUGAUGGAGAGAACACCGAAAACAUGACACACUUAGAAGCACAGAACAAAAUCAAGAGCUGCAUAGAUGACAUAACCCUGACAGUCGGCAGAACUGAAUCCAAAGUCUGGUCCCCGCUGGUGACAGAGGAGGGAAAGCCCAAUCCAUACAGAAUGAAUCUGGCAUCUCAACCCCAGGAAAUAAGACACAUAGGAAGUGCACACAACCGGAGUGCUAUGCCUUUCACUGCUGCCACUGCUUCCAGCACUGCCCCCAAAGUGAUCACUGCCCAGUACAACAGCCCUGCAGGCCUGUACUCCUCAGAAAACAUCCAGACGUUCAACAAUGCUGUGGAGUCCAAGUCAUCUGGUGGUGCCCAGGACCCCAGCAAGCCUUUAGAGCAACACAACCAGCCCUCCAGUAACAUUGUCAUAGACAAGGAGUCUGAGGUUUACAAGAUGCUUCAGGAGACAGAAGACCCAAAGGAACCACCCAGGCAAUCUGCUUCAUUCCUGGUGCUACAAGAAAUUUUAGAAUCUGAAGGGGACCCCAAUAAACCUUCUGGAUUUAGAAGUGUGAAAGCACCAACAACAAAAGUUGCUUCCUCUAUCGGAAAUGCCCAGAAGCUGCCCAUUUGUGAGCAGUGUGGAUCCAGCAUUGUGGGAAUGUUUGUGAAGCUGCGUGACAAGCAGCGCCAUCCGGAGUGCUACGUGUGCAGUGACUGUGGGACAAACCUCAAGCAGAAAGGACACUUCUUUGUGGAAGAUCGCAUCUAUUGUGAGCUGCAUGCCCGAGAGCGAGUGACCCCGCCUGAAGGCUAUGAGGUGGUCACUGUUUUUCCAAAGUGAAUGGCAUCAUCUUUGUACGAGUCUUCCUGAAAAGCAGGCCAAGCUCCCUCCAACCCUGCCAUGCAAUAAGGAAUGCUUGGCAUGGCCUUUCUCUUGCUGCCACAGUAACCCUGCAUCUGUUAGCCUUACAUGCCACUAACUGUCACGCUUGCAGGUUUUAAAAUCAGCUCUGACGAAUCAAUUGGAUGGCUUCUUUGUACUGUCCAAUCCUCUCCCUUCGCUGUUGAUUGCAGAUGAAAAUCAGAAGCCAAAGCACAGAAGCUGUAUGUCUUCUGUUCAUGUUAAAUAAACGUGAUGAAUCUACAAGG